CUAGAAGGCAGGUCAUCGCAGGCCCCACCCAGCAGUGGAGAGAGUGAGUCCCAGAGGGGGUUGCCAGCGAGCUCCUCCUCCUUCCCCUCCCGACUCUCCCCGAGUCUAGGGCCCCCAGGGGCGUAUGACGCCGGAGCCCUCUGACCACAACAAACCCCUACUCCAGCCGUCUUGUUUGUCCCACCCUUGGUGACACACAGCCCCAGCCCAGGCCCCGCCCAAAGCACUCAUUUAACUGGUAUUGCGGAGCCACGAGGCUUCUGCUUACUGCAACUCGCUCCGGCCGCUGGGCGUAGCUGCGACUCGGCGGAGUCCCGGCGGCGCGUCCUUGUUCUGACCUGGCGCGCCAUGACCGUCGCGCGGCCGAGCGUGCCCGCGGCGCUGCCCCUCCUCGGGGAGCUGCUCUGGCUGCUGCUGCUGGUGCUGUUGUGCCUGCCGGCUGUGUGGGGUGACUGUGGCCUUCCCCCAGAUGUACCUAAUGCCCAGCCAGCUUUGGAAGGCCGUACAAGUUUUCCCGAGGAUACCGUAGUAACGUACAAAUGUGAAGAAAGCUUUAUGAAAAUUCCUGGCAAGAAGGACUCAGUGAUCUGCCUUAAGGGCAGUCAAUGGUCAGAUAUUGAAGAGUUCUGCAAUCGUAGCUGCGAGGUGCCAACCAGGCUAAAUUUUGCAUCCCUCAAACAGCCUUAUAUCACUCAGAAUUAUUUUCCAGUCGGUACUACUGUGGAAUAUGUGUGCCGUCCAGGUUACAGAAGAGAACUUUCUCUAUCAACAAAACUAACUUGCCUUCAGAAUUUAACAUGGUCCACAGCAGUUGAAUUUUGUAAAAAGAAAUCAUGCCCUAAUCCUGGAGAAAUCCAAAAUGGUCAGAUUGAUGUAUCAAAUGGCAUAUUAUUUGGUGCAACCAUCUCCUUCUCAUGUAACACAGGGUACAAAUUAUUUGGGCCGACUUCUAGUUUAUGUCUUAUUUCAGGCAGCUCUGUCCAGUGGAGUGACCCGUUGCCAGAGUGCAGAGAAAUUUAUUGUCCAGCACCACCACAAAUUGACAAUGGAAUAAUUCAAGGGAAACGUGACCAUUAUGGAUAUAGACAGUCUAUAACGUAUGCAUGUAAUAAAGGAUACACCAUGAUUGGAGAGCACUCUAUUUAUUGUACUGUGAAUGAUGAUGAAGGAGAAUGGAGUGGCCCACCACCUGAAUGCAGAGGAAAAUCUCUAACUUCCAAGGUCCCACCAACAGUUCAGAAACCUACCACAGUAAAUGUUCCAACUACAGAAGUCUCACCAACUUCUCAGAAAACCACCACAAAAACCACCACACCAAAUGCUCAAGGUACAGAGACUCCAUCAAUUCUUCAAAAACACACCACAGAAAAUGUUUCAGUUACAAGAACCCCACCAACUCCUCAGAAACCCACCACAGUAAAUGUCCCAGCUACAAUAGUCAUACCAACACCUCAGAAACCCACCACAAUAAAUGUUCCAGCUACAGGAGUCUCAUCAACACCUCAAAGACACACCAUAGUAAAUGUUUCAGCUACAGGAACCCUACCAACUCUUCAGAAACCCACCAGAGCAAAUGGUUCAGCCACCAAAGCCCCAGCAGCAGCUCAGACAUCUUUCAUAUCAAAAACCCUAUCUACAAAGACCCCUUCUGCAGCUCAGAAUCCUACGAUGACAAAUGCUUCUGCUACACAGGCCACACUAACAGCCCAAAGAUUCACCACAGCAAAAGUUGCAUUUACGCAGAGUCCUCCAGCAACACGUAAGUCCACUAAUGUACAUUCCCCAGUGACUAAUGGUCUCAAGAGUACACAAAGAUUCCCUUCUGCUCAUAUUACAGCAACACGGAGUACACCUGUUUCCAGAACAACCAAGCAUUUUCAUGAAACAACCCCAAAUAAAGGAAGUGGAACCACUUCAGGUACUACCAGUCUUCUAUCUGGUUCUCGUCCUGUCACCCAGGCUGGUAUGAGGUGGUGUGAUCGUAGCUCACUGCAGUCUCGAACUCCUGGGCUCAAGCGAUCCUUCCACUUCAGCCUCCCAAGUAGCUGGUACUACAGGUGUGUGCCACGACACCCAGCUAAGUUUUUGAAAUUUAUUUUUUGUAGAGACAGGAUUUUCCUAUGUUGCCCAGGCUGGUUUCAAACUCCUGGCCGUAAGCGAUUCUUCCGGCCUCCCAAAACAUUGCGAUUAUAAGUGUGAGCCACUGCACCUGGCCCCAUGUUUUCUUUAUCCAUUUGUACAUUGAUGGACACUUAAGAUGAUUCCAUAUCUUUGCUAUUGUGAAUAGUGCUUCAAUAAAUACAUGAAUGCACAUAUCUUUUUGAUAUAUUGGUUUUAUUUUCCUUUGGAUAAAUACCCAGUAGUGGGAUUGCUGGAUCCUAAGAUAGUUAUAUUUUUUUAUGUUUUCAGGAGCCUCCAUAUUGUUUUCCACAGUGGCUGUACUAAUUUACAUUCUCACCAACAGUAUAUAAGAUUUCCCUUUUCUUCACGUCCUCACCAGCAUCUGUUAUUUUUUGUCUAAAAAUGGCCAUUCUAACUGAGGGUGAGAACUGAUAUCUUAUUGUGGAGCUUGAUUUGCAUUUCCAUGAUGAUUAGUGAUAAGCAGUUCUUCAUAUACCUGCUGACCAUUUGUAUGUUGUCUUUUGAGAAAUGUCUGUUCAUGUCUUUUGCCCACUUUUUAGUGUGAUUAUUUGUUUUUUGCUAGUAAGUUGAGUUCCUUGUAUAUACUGGAUAUUAGUACCUUUACAGAUGAAUAGUUUAUAGAUAUUUUCUUCCAUUUAACAGGUUGUCUCUUCACUCUGUUGAUUGUUUCGUUUGCUGUACACAAGCUUUUUAGUUUAAUAUAGUCCUAUUUAUCUAUUUUUGUUUUUAUUGUCUAUGCUUUUGAGGUCUUAGCCAUUAAACCUUUGCCUAGACUAAUGUCCUGUAGAGUCUUCCUGAGGUUUUCUUCUAGUAAUUUUAUAGUCGUAGAUCUUAUGUUUAAGUUUUUAAUCAUCUCGAUUUGAUUUUUGUACGUGGUGAGGGGCAGAGGUCCAGUUUCAUUCUUCUGUAUUUUCCCAGCAUUAUUUAUUGAAGAAGGUAUCCAUUUUCCAAUGUAUGUUCUUGACACCUUUGUAAAAAAUCAGUUAGCUAUAAAUAUGUGGAUUUAUUUCUGGGUUCUCUAUUCUGUUCCAUUAUUCUGUGUGCCCGUUUUUAUACCAAUACCAUGCUGUUUUUGGUUACUAUAACCUUAUAUUUUGAAGUCAGGUAGUGUGAUGCUGCCAGCUUUGUUUUUGCUCGGGUUGUGUUAGCUCUUUGGACUCUUUUUUGGUUCCACAGUCAUUUUAGGACUUUUUUUUUCUAUUUCUGUGAAAAAUUACAUUGAUAUCUUGAUAGGGGUUGUACUGAAUCUUUAGAUUGCUUUGGCAGUAUAGUCAUUUUAACAAUAAUAGCUCUUCCAGUCUGUGAGCAGUGGAUGUCUUUCCCUUUGUGCCCUCUUCAAUUUCUUUUAUCUGUGUUUUGUAGUUUUCCUUGUAGGGGUCUUUCACCUCCUCGGUUAAAUCUGUUCCUAGGUAUUUUAUUUAUUUUUUUAGUCAUUGUAAAUGGAAUUGCCUUCUUGAUUUCUUUCUCAGUUUGUUCAUUAUUGUAUAGAAAUACUAUUGAUUUUUGUAUGUUGAUCUUGUAUCCUGCAACUGUACUGAAUUUAUCAGAUCUAAGAGUUUUUGGUGAAGUCUUUAAGGAUUUUUUUUUUACAUAUAAAAUUAUAUCAUUAACAAAGAGGGACAAUUUGACUUCCUCUUUUCCAGUUUGGAUGCCUUUUAUUUCUUUCUUUUGCCUGGCUGCAAGUUAAUGAAAUGAAAACUUGGUUCUCUAUGAGCCAAAUGAAAACUUGGUUCUUCAAUGAAAUGGAAACUAGGGCUUACAGCACUAUGUUGAAUAGAAGUGGUGAAAGUAGGCAUCCUUCUCUUGAUCCAGUUCUUAGAAGAAAGGCUUUCAGCUUUUCCUCAUUCAGUAGAAUAUUAGCUGUGGGUUUGUCAUGUGUGACCUUUAUGAUGUUAAUAUGCUUCUUCUAUGCCUAGUUUGUUGAGAGUUUUAUUGAUUUGUAUGUGUUGAAUCAUCCUUGCAUCCCUGGUCGAAAUCCCACUUGGUCUUGGCAUACUAAUUUUUUGAUGUGGUGUUGGAUUUGGUUUGCUAAUACUUUGUUGAGAAUUUUUGUGUCUGUAUUCAUCAAGAAUAUUGGCCUGUGAUUUUGUUGUUCUUGUUGUGUUCUUGUCUGGUUUUGGUAUCAGGGUAAUGCUGGCCUUGUAGAAUGAGUUAGGGAAAGUUUCCUCCUCUUCAAUUUUUUGGAAUUGUUUCAGGAGAAUUGGUGUUAGUUCUCCUUUGUAUGUUUGGUAGCAUUUGGCUUUGAAUCCAUCCAGUCCUGGGCUUUUCUUUGUCAGGAGACUUUUUAUUACAAUUCAGUCUUACUACUCAUUAUUGGUCUGUUCAGAUUUUCUGUUUCUUCCUGACUGUGUCUUGAUAGGGAGCAUGUCUCCAAGAAUUUAUUCAUUUCCUCUAGGUUUUCCAGUUUGUCAAUGUAUGGUUGUUUAUAAUAGUCUCUGAUAUUUUGUAUUUCUGUGGUAUCAGUUGUAAUGUCUCUUUUUUCAUUUCUGAUUUUAUUUGGGGCUUCUCUCUUUUUUUCUUGGUUAGUCUAGCAAGUACUUUAUCAAUUUUGUUUAUCUUUUCAAAAAAAAAGUUUUCACUUUAUUGUUUUUUAGUCUCUAUUUUGUGUAGCUCUGCUCUGAUUUUUCUUAUUUCUUUCCUUCUGCUAAUUUUGGGGUUGGUUUGUUCUUCCUUCUCUAGUUCCUUAAGAUGCAUUGUUAGAUUGUUUAUUUGAAAUCUUUCUACUUUUUUGAUGUAAUCAUUUAUUGCUGUAAACUUCCCUGUUAGCACUGCUUUUGCUGUGUCUGAUAGGUUUUGCUACACUGUUGCCAUUUCUAUUUUUUCAAGAAAUUUUUUUAUCUAAUCCUGAAUUUCUCCCUUGACCUAAUGGUCAUUCAGAAGCAUGUUGUUUAAUUUUCAUUUAUUUGUAUGGUUUCCAAAGUUCCUGUUGUCAUUAAUUUCUAGUUUAAUUCCAUUAUGGUUUGAGAAGAUACUUGAUACAAUUUUGACUUUUUCAAAUUUAUUGAGACUUGUUGGUAUCCUAACAUAUGUUCUAUUCUGGAGAUUGUUUCAUGUGCCAUUGAGAAAAUUCUGUAGCUAUUGGGUGAAUUCUUCUGUUAGUGUCUGUUAGGUCCAUUUGGUUUAAUGUGCAAUUUAAAUCCAAUGUUUCUUUGUUAAUUUUUUGUCCAGAUGAGCUAAUGCUGACAGUGGAAUGUUGAAGUUCUUAACAAUUAUUGUAUUGGAGUCUAUCCCUUUAGAUUGGACGAUAUUUGCUUUAUAUGUUUGGGUGCUCCAGGAUUGGGUGCAUACAUACUUAGAAUUGUUGUAUCCUCUUGCCGAAUUGAUCUCUUUGUCAAUUAUAUAAUGACCUUCUUUGUCUCUUUUUACUGUUUUUUACCUAAAGUCUGUUUCAUCUGAUAUAAGUACAGCUACUCCUGUUUGUUUUUGGUUUGUGUUAGCAUGGAGUAUCUUUUUCCAUCUCUUUACUUUUAGUCACAAUGUGUUUUCACAAAGGAGAUGAAUUUCUUGAAAGAAACAUAUAGUUGGGUUGUGUUUUUGCAUCCAUUCAGCCAGUAUACAUCUUUUAAGAGGAAAGUUUAAUCUGUUUACAUUCAGGGUUAUUGAUAUGUGAGGGAUUAUUCCUGUCAUCUUAUUAAUUGAUUUCUGGUUGUUUUGUUCCUUUUGUUUUCUCUUAUUAUUGUGAUGUAGAGUUUUUCUUUCAUAACAUUUUAGUCUUUUCUCUUCUUUGUGUGUUUGCUCUACCAGUGGUUUUUAAAAUUUCUGUGUGUUUCCAUGAUCGUAGAUAUCAUUCUUUCUCUUCUGGGUAUAGCACUCCCUUAAGCAUUUCUUGUAAGCCAUCUCAUGGUGAUGAAUUCCAUCAUCAUGGUGAUUAAUUCCAUCAGCUUUCUUUUGUGUGGGAAAGACAUUGUUUCUCCUUUAUUUAUGAAGGAUAACUUUCCUAAUCCUUGGCUGGUAGUCUUUUUCUUUCAGCGCUUUGAGUAUAUCAUCCCAUUCUCUCCUGGCCUGUAAGGUUUCUGCUGAGAAAUCCAUUGUUAGCCUGAUGGGUUUCCUUUAUAAGUGACUAGAUACUUUUCCCUUGCUGUUUUUAGAACUCUCUCUGUCUUUGACUUUUGACAGUUUGACUAUAGUUUGCCAUGGAGAAAACCUUCUUUUUUUUUUGGUUUAGAGACAGAGUCUCAUUCUGUCACUCAGCCUGGAGUACAGUGGUGCAAUCUCAGCUCACUGCAACCUCUGCCUCCCAAGUUCAAGUGAUUCCCCCACCUCAGCCUCCCAAGUAGUAGCUGGGAUUAUAGGUGUCUGUUACCAUACCCGGCUAAUUUUUGUAUUUUUAAUGGAGACAGGGUUUCACCAUGUUGUCCAGUCUGGUCUCGAACUCCUGACCUCAGGUGAUCCACCCGCCUUGGCCUCCCAAAGUGCUGGGAUUACAGGCAUGAGCCACCACAUCGGGCCAGAGAAGACCUUUUUAAAUUGUAUCUACUUGGUGAUCUCUGAGCCUCCUGUGUCAGGAUGUCUAAAUUUCUUGUUAGACUUGAGAAAUUUUCCUCUGUUGUUUUAGUAAUAGAUUUUCUAAUCCUUUCACUUUCUCUUCACCUUCUGAGACUCCUAAAAUUUGAAUAGUUGGCCACUUUAGGGUAUCCCAUAUGUCAUGUAAACUUUGCACAUUUUUUAUUCUUUUUUCCUUAUUCUUAUCUGACUGUGUUAUCUCAAAAGACCUGUCUUCAAGUUCUGAGAUUAUUUCUUCUGCUUGAUCUAGCCUAUUAUUGAUGCUUUCAAGUAUAUUAUGUAUUUAAUAUUUCAUCAAGUAUAUUAUGUAUUUCAUCAAUAAAUUAUUUCCAGAAGUUGUUUGGUUCUUUUAUAUGUAUCUCUUUUUGGUAAACAUCUCAUUAAUAUCCUGAAUUGUUUUUCUGAUUUCUUUCUAUAUUUUUAAAACAAAUUUUAAAGUUUGUAUUUCACCUCCCUGAGCUUUUUUAAUAUCACAACUUUGAAUUCUUUUCCCAGAAUUUUGUAAAUUUACUUUUGAUUGGGAUCUGUUGCUGGAGAAUUAUUGUGUUCCUUUGGUGGUAUCAUAUUUUCUUGGUUUUUCACGUUUCCUGCAUCCUGAAGUUGAUAUCUGUGCAUCUGAUGUGAUAUUUGCUGUUUCUAAUUUUUCGAAUUUGCUUUUGUAGGGGAGGACUUUUCCUGAAGAUGUAUUUAUGGUGUCAGUUAGGUGGGGCACUUUGGCUUUGAUUCUGGGUGCAUGCAGUAGUGUAGUUUCUGUAUGACUUUCAGCUGUAAAUAGCAUCAGUGGUAUCUGUCAUUUCCUCAGUGCCUUAGGAUGCAGUUACUAGUGGAGAUUUGCUAGGGAAUGGGAUGCCAUGUGGGCCAAUCUUCGGACCCAAGUGUUGGCAGUGGUGGGCUGAGUUUGCCUGUCCUUGGGCCCAGGGUGAUGUUGCUGGCACCAGUGUUAGCAAACCCAAUCAGGCCAGUUAUUGGGUCUCCAGGUGGCUCACUUGGGUGCCAGAAAUGGCAGGUGACCUGGUUCUCAGGCUACUUGGCAGCAAGUGGGGGCAUGGGUGAUGGCAGUAGUAGUGGUGGGACAACCCUGUGGGACACAAGCAGUCUGUGCCAGUGUUGGCUGUGGCUGCGGUGAUUGGGCGGGUCAGUUUCCAGGUCUGCAGGUGGCUUACCAGCUGCGAUGUUAGUGGCAGGUUGAGUGGGCCUGACUUCAGACCCCAGGAAGAGUGCUCAGCUGCCAAUGGUGGUGGACUGGCUGAGCAUCCAGGUACCUAGAUGGCAGGCUUGUGUACUGACAGGGUGAGGCUGGGCCAGAUGGACUUGUCCUCAGGCCUCCCUGUGGUGCAUGUGAGUGCUGGCUGUGGUAGGAAGAGGUAGAGUAUUCCUAGGCUACUGGUAGAAUGCUUAGGUGAGGACAGCGUGGCUGUGCUGUGGACCAGCUACUUGGGAGAGCAGUGUUGUUUUCAGUUGGGAGCAGCCACAGAGAGGUGGCUGGGGCACAUGCAGUUUGCUCAUGCCUCAGCCCAAAGCAGCCAGCAGCAGCCAUAGCUGCAUGCAUUGGAAUUUGUCCUCAGGGAACCAGAAAGUGCCUGGCUACUCCUCUAUUGGGGGGGUCAGGUCGCUGCCAGUGGCUCCUGCUUUGGCUCAGGCAACAGUGGCCCCAGAGCAAGAUGCAGUCUGGGAGGGGCUGGGCUCUCAAAAUAGUCUUGUGUUGUGGCUGCUUAGGACUCGGGUUUGUAGUACUCAGUGUGAACUUACUCUCUGGAGUAAUGCCAUCACACUGUCUCCAGGCAGCUUCCUAUGUUAGAUCUAGGGCCUACGAGAAUCAAGGGACUCCUGUAGCUAGGAUUGUGGGAGUCUUCAGAAGGAAUGUGGACUGCUGGGGUUCUCUCACUUACUCUUUUCCUGUAUUAGAGAGUCUCUCCAGGCUUCCAGGCAAUCUCAGCCAAACAGGCUGCCUUGCUUCUGUCUCUUGUUUUGCUUUGGUGCAUCCUGUCACUUGUUUGUUAAAUUCUAGCGUUCUCUCUUUGGUGAUCUCUUCAAAAUGUGAUUAUGUAAUUCCUGCUUAGGUUUCUUUCCAUGGAAGAGGAGAAGACCAGAGGCAUCUAGUCAGACAUCUUGAAGCCACUUCCCAUGAUACUGUCUUAGGAAAACAAUCAACAUGUAGCGUUCAUGGAUACCAAAGGGAAAAUGGGUAAACACUUUUUUUUUUUUUUUUUUAGACGGAGUGUCGCUCUGUCGCCCAGGCUGGAGUGCAGUGGCACGAUCUCGGCUCACUGCAAGCUCUGCCUCCCAGGUUCACGCCAUUCUCCUGCCUCAGCCUCCCGAGUAGGUGGGACUACAGGCACCUGCCACCACACCCGGCUAAUUUUUUGUAUUUUUUAGUAGAGACGGUGUUUCACCGUGUUAUCCAGGAUGGUCUUGAUCUCCUGACCUCGAGAUCCGCCCGCCUUGGCCUCCCAAAGUGCUGGGAUUACAGGCGUGAGCCACUGCACUUGGCCAGGUAAACACAUUUUUUUCUUCCACCUUUUAUUUUAGGUUUGGGAGGUACAGGUGUAGGAUUGUUACGUGGGUAAAUUGUGUGUCAUUAGGGUUGAGUGUACAUAAUAUUUCAUCACCCAGGUAGUGAGCUUAGUACCCAAUAGGUAGUUUAUUGAUUCUCACCCUCCUCCCACCUUCCAUUCUCAAAUAAGCCCUGGUGGCCGUUGUUCCCUUCUUUGCAUCCAUGUGUACUCAUUGUUUAGUUCCCACUUAUAAGUGAGAAGAUGCAGUAUUUGAUUUUCUGUUCCUGCAUUAAUUCACUUAGGAUAAUGGUUUCCAGCUGCAUCCAUAUUACUGCAAAGGACAUGAUUUCAUUCCUUUCUAUGUUUGUGUGAUAUUCCGUGAUAUAUAUAUACCACAUUUUCUUUAUCCAGUCCACCACUGAUGUGCAUCUAGGUUGAUUCCAUGUUAUUGUGAAAAGUGCUGAUGAACAUAUGUGUGCAUAUGUCUUUAUGGUAGAAUGAUUUUUGUUGGUUUGGGUAUAUACCCAAUAAUGAGAUUGCUAGGUCACAUGGUAAUUCUAAGUUCUUUGAGAAAUCUCCAAACUGCUUUCCACAGAGGCUGAACUAAUUACAUUCCCACCAGCAAUGUAUAAGUGUUCUCUGUUUUCCACAACCUUACCAACAUUUGUUAUUUUUUCACUUUUUAAUAAUAACCAUUCUGUCUGCUAUGAGAUGGUAUCUAUUGUGGUUUUGAUUGCAUUUCUCUAAUGAUUAGUGAUGUUGAGCAUUUUUUUCAUAUGCUUGUUGGCCUCAUGUAUGUCUUCUUUUGAGAAGUGUCUGUUUAUGUCCUUUGCCCAUUUUUUAAGGGUUGGUUUUUGUUUGUUGAUUUGUUUAAGUUCCUUAGAGAUUUUGAAUAUUAGAACUUUGUUAGAUGCAUAGUUUGCAAAUAUUUUCUCCUUUUCUGUAGGUUGUCUGUUUUCUCUGUUGAUAUAUAUUUUUUUGCCAUGCAGAAGCACUUUAGUUUAAUUAUGUCCCACUUGUCAAUUUUUGUUUUUGUUGCAAUUGCUUUUGGAGACCUCAUCAUGAAAUAUUUACCAACACCUAUGUCAGAAUGGUAUUUCCUAGGUUUUCUUCUAGAGUUUUUAUACUUUUAGGUUUUAGGUUUAAGUCUUUAAUCCAUAUUGAGUUGAUUUUUGUAUAUGGUGAAAGGUAGGGGUCCAUUUUCAAUCUUCUGCAUAUGGCUAGCCAGUUAUAGCAUUUAUUGAAUAGAGAAUCCAUUCUCCAUUGCUUGUUAUUGUCGACUUUGUUGAAGAUCAGAUGGUUGUAGGGGUGUGGCUUUAUAUCUGGGUUUUCUAACCUCUUCCAUUGGUCUAUGUGUCUAUUUUUGUACCAGUACCAUGCUGUUUUGGUUACUGUAGCCUUGUAAUAUAGUUUGAAAUCAGGUAGUGUGAUGCUUCCAGCUUUGUUCUUUUUACUUAGGGUUGUUUUGGCUAUUUGGGUUCUUUUUUGAUUCCAUAUGAAUUUUAGAAUGUAUAUUUUUUAAUUCUCUGAAAGGUAUCAUUGGUAGUUUGAUAGGAAUAGCAUUGGAUCUAUAAAUUGCUUUGGGCAGUAUGGCUGUUUUAAAAAAUUUUUUAUUAAUUUUUUUUUUUUUUUGAGACAGAGUCUCACUCUGUCACUCAGGCUGGAGUGCAGUGGCAUGAUCUUGGUUCACUGCAACCUCCGUCUCCUGGGUUCAAGCGAUUCUCUUGCCUCAGCCUCCCAAGUAGCUAUGAUUACAGGUGCACACCACCACACCCAGCUAAUUUUUGUAUUUUUAGUAGAGAUGAGGUUUCACCAUGUUGGCCAAGCUAGUCUCAAACUCCUGAUCUCAAGUGAUCCACCUGCCUCAGCCUCGCAAAGUGCUGGGAUUACAGGCAUGAGCCACCAUGCCCAGCAGUAUGGCCCUUUUAAAAAUACUUAUUCUUCCUAUGCAUGAGCAUGUAAUAUUUUUCCAUUUGUUUGUAUUGUCUCUGUCUUCUUUGUUUUGUAUUUCUCUUAGAGAUCAUUCACCUUCCUGGUUAGCUGUAUUCAUAGGUAUUUUAUCCUUUUGUGGCUAUUGUGAAUAGGAUUGCAUUCUUGAUUUGGCUGUCAGCUUGACAUUGUUGGUGUAUAGAAAUGCUUCUGAUUUUUGUACCCCAAAGCUUUACUGAUGUUGUUUAACAGUUCUAAAAGCUUUUGGGCAGAGACUAUGGAGUUUUCUAGGUUUAGACUCAUAUCAUCUGUGAAGAGAGAUAGUUUACUUCCUCUCUUCCUAUAAUGGAUGCCUUUUAUUUCCUUGCCUGAUUGCUGUGGCUAGGAUUUCCAGUACCAUGUUGAAUAGGAAUGAUAAUAAUGGACAUCCUUGUCUUGUUCUGGUUUUCAAGGUGAAUGUUUCCAGCUUUUGCUCAUUCAGUAUGAUGUUGGCUGUGGGUUUUUCCUGGUGGCUCUUAUUAUUUUGUGGUAUGUUCCUUUGAUGCCUAGUUUGUUGAUGACUUUUAACAUGAAGGGAUGUUGAAUGUUGUCAAAAGCCUUUUCUACAACAAUUGAGAUGAUCAUGUGGUUUUUUUGUUUGUAGUUCUGUUUAUGUGAUGAAUCACAUUUAUUGAUUUGCAUAUGUUGAGCCAACCUUGCAUCCCAGGAAUAAAGCCUACUUGAUUGUGGUAAGUUAGGUAUUUGAUGUGCUGCUGGAUUCGAUCUGCUAGUAUUUUGUUGAGGAUUUUUGCAUUUACUUUCAUCAGGGAUGUUGGCCUGAAGUUUCCUUUUUUUGUCCUGUCUCUUUGCCAGAUUUUGGUAUCAGAGUGAUGCUGGCCUUAUGGAAUGAGGAGUCCCUCCUCCUUGAUUUUUGGCAUAGUUUCAGUAUGAUUGGUACCGGCUCUUGUUUGUAUGUUUGGUGGAAUUUGGCUGUGAAUCCAUCUGGUACAGGGCUCUUUCUGGUUGGUAGGUUUUUUAAAUUACUGAUUCAAUUUAAGAACUUGUUAUUGGUCUGUUCAGGUAUUUAAUUUCUUCCUGGUUCAAUCUUAGGAGGUUGUAUUUUUCCAAGAAUUUACCAUUUCUUCUACAUUUUCUAGUUUAUGUACAUAGAGGUGUUCAAAAUAGUCUCUGAGGGUGUUUUGUAUUUCUGUGGGGUUGGUGGUAAUGUCCCCUUUGUCAUUUGAGAUUGUGUUUAUUUGGAUUUUCUCUCUCUUUAUUAGUCUAGCUAGUUGUCUAUCAAUCUUAUUUAUUCUUUAAAAAAACAGGUUUUGGUUUUGUUGAUCUUUUGUAUGGAUUUUUGCAUCUCAAUUUUAUUCAGUUCAGCUCUGAUUUUGGUUAUUUUUUUUUCUUCUGCUAGCUUUUGGGUUGAUUUGCUCUUGUUUUUUCUAGAUCCUCUAGAGGUGAUGUUACUUUGUUAAUUUGAGAUUUUUCUAACAUUUUGAUGUAGGUGUUUAAUGCUACAAACUUUCCUCCUAACAUUGUUCUGGCUGUGUCCCAGAGACUCUGGUAUGUUGUAUCUUUGUUUUCACUAGUUUCAAAGAAUUUCUUGAUUUCUGCCUUAAUUUUCAGAAUGCCAAAAGUCAUUCAGGAUUAGACUGUUUAAUUUCCAUGUAAUUGUAUAGUUUUAAGAGAUCUUCCUGGUAUUGAUUUAUAUUUUUAUCAUGCUGUGGCCUAAGAGUAUGGUUAGUAUGAUUUUGGUUUUUUGAAUUUGUUUAAAAUUGCUUUAUGGCUGAGCAUGUGGUCAAUCUUAGAGUAUGUGCUAUAUGCAGAUGAGAAGAAUGUAUAUCCUGUUGUUGUUGGGUGUAAUGUUUUGUAGAUGUCUGUUAAGUCCAUUUGGUCAAGUGUCAAGUUUAGGUCAUGAAUAUCUUUGUUAGUUUUCUGCCUUGCUUAUGUGUCUAACAUUGUCAGUGGGGUGUUGAAGUCUCCCACUAUAUUGUGUGGUUAUUUCCAUCUCUUCAUAGGUCUUUAAGAACUUGUCUUAUGAAUCUGGAUGAUCCAGUGUUGGAUCUGAAAAGAGUAAUAAAAACAUUAUCAUUACUAUCAUUAUUAUUUAUUGUGGUUAUUUUAUAUUUUGAAUGAACUUCUAAGAUAAAAGAUUUAUCUUGAAAGAUUCCAACUGUUGGAAUUCACUUUGUUUUAAAUAGAAAUAAAUGUGUUUCAAAUGAAAGUUUGAUGAUUUAAUGAUCACAAAAGUGAUGAGUUUAAUAAAUGAGUUUUUUCUCACCUGCUCAAUGGCACUCAAUGAAGGUUUGAAAUGCCUUUUUUUUUCCUGAAAUUCUUUAAGUAUUAUACCCUUUGAUUUUCUAGAAAACUUUCCUUAGUCUUAGUUGGAAUUCCAGCUUGUGUUAAAAAAUAAAGAGGAAGUCCUUCCUUCUUAAACUGGACAUAUGGCAACAUUUUUUGUGUGUGAUUUCAUAUUUGUAGGACAUAAACCUGAAAAUUAUAUUCAUUAAAUUUAUUCUGUGAAUGAGGUUACUCUUCUUUAAAGAUAAAUUAACUCUAACUGCAAGAAAAUUGUUUCAUCAAUUACACUGCAAUGUAAGUAAAAUGAUACAGAUGAUAUUUGAAUUUUGGAAGUAUUUGAUUUUUUUUUCCUAUUCUGCUAAGGAAGAAAGACUGACUAAUGUUACAGAACUUUCUAAUUUGCCUUGUAAAUGAAGCAUGUGUUGUGAAUUUUAAAUCUAUUCUUCCGUUGGCUCUGUAUAAGUGUUUCCCAAUUUUUUUUUGUCGGCAGAGAGGGGUGCGUUAAUUCUUGCUCUCUUCUCACCAAAGACCUUUUUAGACAUUUUUUUCUUGAUCAUCAUCCACCACACAUAUACUGUAAAUCAGUUUAUGUAUCACAUAUAUAUCUGCACUCUGUACUUAAAAAAGGAAUUUUUUUUUAACUUUCAUCAGGUAUCACCCCAAUUGAGAAUGCUUGCUUUCUGUUGGUUUUGUUUUUAUUUUUUUUUUAAGACAAAAUCGUAUAGAAGAAAGAACUUAACCUCUGGAGUCAAAGCAGUUGGAUGUUGGUUUGAAUCCUGUUUUUUUCACUUAGUGAUUAUUCAACCCAAGUGAUUAACUUAAUCUCUCUGAGACUCAGUUUUCUCAUUUAAGAGAUAGAGAUUGUGAUUCCUAUGUGAAGUAUUUGAAGCUUAAUGUGAUUAGUGGGUAUGAAAACUCCAAGCACAUCCUAAAAGUAGCAUAAAUAUUAGCUUAAGGAAAUCACUGCAUGCAAUCACUAUUAUUUUCCUAAGCUGGAUUUCUGAUAAUUUUAUCACUCCCUCUGGCCACACCAAAGAAUAAGAACAGUCUUCUAUUCAGGUAAUAUUUACAUGUUUUCUCUGUGGCAAGUACUGUACUGAUUUUUUUAAAUGUAUUAUUUCAUAUUCUUCUCACAACAAUCUUAUAAUGUAGCAUUUAUACCCCAUUUUCAACUAAGAGAACUGUGGUUUUGCGAGAUUUGUAACUUGCCCUUCACAGACUAGUAGGCAGUAAAUAGAGGCCGAUGACUAGUUUCUCUAUUACCAAGUUUUUGUUUUUUUUUUUUUUUGGAGGGGGUACAGGGCCUCACUCUGUCACCCAGGCUGGUGUGCAGUGGUGCAGUCUCGGCUCACUGCAACCUCUGUUUCCCAGGCUCAAGUGAUCUUCCCAGGUACUUUAAAAGAUAGAAAGAUGCUCAUCCUAGUGACAGACCAAGAGACUAUGCAACCCAAAUUGGACAAUUAAGGUGCCCUGAUUCCCUACAAGUAUUGCUUUAUUCCCCUCUGUUGCCAAAGUCCUAUACUGAGAAAUUCAUAAGUCCCUCAUAGGGACUAAUAGAUCAAUUUAAAGAAUAAUAAAUAAGAAGUCAGGAAAUAAUGAAAUAUAGAAAAUAUUUUUUCUGUAUCCCCUAACAAUUGUGUACUUAUUUAUCCUUUAAACUUGAAUAUGGCAUAUAUUACAGACUAGCCCAAAUCUAAAUGUACUUUCGAGAGUCUUGACUCUUAAGUAGCUAUUUGAAGUUAAUAAGAUGUGGUUACAGAGGUCUUUAUGUCUUAUUACAUGCCCCUAUACAUCAUAAACUUAAGUCUCAUUAUAAAGUGACAUCAGUUAUCUGCCUGUUAUUCAGGUUUAAGUCAGAUAAUCUUUCUGUGAUAUGUUUAGUCUGGAAAAGGAAGUAUGUGAAUUUCCCUUAUUAAAAAAAUUGAAGAAAUACAGAGGUACAGAAAAUCCAACGAUGAUGGCAAGACACUUAAAGGGUCCUGUGGAUGUCUCUCUGAGGAAGCAGAGUUGAAUCUGCAUUUACAAAAUGGAAAAUUUAAGGGUUACUCAAGCAUACUAUUUUUCAAAUCAUCUACGAAAAUCUCUUCCCAGGGUGACUUGUCCACAGGCCCUUUAUUCUGUUACAUUAAGUAUGCUAUAAGCAAGAACAAAACCUUUCCAUAACUUUUUGUUUUCAUAGCACAUGCAUUGCAUUUCCACUUUGUUAGCUCUGCAAGUUAGACCUUUUGAAGUGUCUGGGUCAUCCCACAUUUCUUCAAAAAAGAUGACGUGCAUCCUCUAGGUCACUCCAGUUCUUGUAGGUAGGUAGAUAGAAUUCUAAGUUGGGUUCUUUGGCAGUGAAGAUGAUACCCUAUAUAUUAAUGUAGUAUCUGUCUAAUGUAAAUUUUGUUUGAUGAAUAUCAGGUAUUUUAUUGAAAAUAUUUCAAACAGUUAAAAUUAUGGCCUGAAUCUGGGGCUAGAAGUAAGUUUUUCUAUGGCAAUAAACUGUUUGACUUACCUUUUCUUGGUCUCAGUUUUCUUAUCUGGAAACAAGAUAUUCAGUGCAAUUUAAUAAAUAUUUGUUAAACACUUUCUACUGUUCUACUAUUUGCCAUGCACUGUGUUAAUAAUGAGAGGUGAUCAAAUGAGAUAAUAGGUGGCAAACUGCUUUGCAGUGUUUUCAACACUAUGGAAAUACAGUUCUACAUGAUGGGGAACCUUACUAAGAUACUCCUUUUGUUGGGGAGAAAACCUUUUUCUAACAUUAUGUUAUUUUCCCACCUAAGAGCUCUUCAGUUUAAUCUUAGGAACAUUGGAAUCAUAAUUAUUAUUUCAUUCAUUAUUUCAUACUUUCAUUUUUCCCAAGUUGCAUAAAUCUUAAUGUUGAUUUACCUUUGGUUUUCUGUAGAUACCUAGUGAAUUUUGAGAUCAUAAACAGUUGCCUUUGAACCUGAAAGUUUUGUUUCUAAUUUGGGAGAUAAUAUUCUCUUAUUAAUUUACUGAGAAGAUAUGUAGAAUUUUGUUUUUCAUAUUUCUGUGUUUUGCCCUGGUUUUCUGUUAAACCAUCAGCCUCUACACUUUCUUCUGGAACUGUGUAUAUGUGUUGAUCAUUAUUCUGGGAAUAGCCUUUUACUUCUGUCAUCCAGAUGUUCUAGAUCACUCUGAAUUUUCUGUCUUGAUUUAGCAUUCAAAUAAAAAAUAAGAUAUUGAAAAUGGUGGAAUUAGUGGGAACUGGUGACAGAAAGGGGGAAACCCAAAAUUUUUUAGGAGCUGUGAUUUAUUUCAUGGAUAGUCUUUCUAAGUUAAUGAUACAAUUCUGGGGGAUCAGUUAAAUAAACUUCUAAAGUAAAAUACUGUAAAAACUUACCUGUGGUAGAAAUAGCUGUUUUUUAAAUCACAAUUUUCACAUGGCAGUGCAAUUGUACAGUGUCUCUAUUUUGCUGAUUUGGAGCCAAAUACACUCAUUAGUCACGUUAGAUUCAGUUACUAUUCUAGUGUCAUCUGUCAUUUUCUUUGUAGUACAGACCAAUAGAGUUGAG